AUGGCUGAGAUCAUCAACAGUCUUCGUAUGUCCACUAUUCCUGAUACGAGCCGCUCGGGCGCACUCAUCCGACAGGAUAAAAUGAGUAUCGGUACCUACGUCGUGCGUAGUGCGAGCCGUGUAGCCUCCCCACAUACCAUUGCUGCUUCAGCAUCCGUCACUCAGAUCGCUGAGCUUAAGCUGGCUACCCCGAAACAGACAUCUGGUACCUUCCAAUCCAGGUCUGACGCUGCACCUAACUCACAAACAUCGGUACCGGUAGUGUCAAGCAUGAAUGUAUUGCAGCAUACAACGCCGAUGCUGCCAGUACACAUCGUGCCAAAUACACACGCUGUGAGCCUCAGCGUCCAGUUUCAGCCCAUCACCACCCACGUGACACAGCUGGUAGGCGCCACAACCCGCAAUGUCAACACUAACGGCCCGCCCACCAUCCACGGAGCCUUCCCGCAGAGUGAUGCAAUGGAAGAUUGUAUUCCAGAGCCUACUCGUUGCCAGCAAGUCGGCACAACAGACUCACGCGUGGGACUCUCUCAAGCUAUGAACGGGGUAGAGACCUCAUCUGCCUCCAAUCAUGUUACCAACAUCGGAUAUGAUGAGAUGGAUGACGUGCAGCACACUAACCAACCGACUGUUGUUGCACCCUCUUCAAUUCUUGUGCAAGACGAGAGCCAAAAUAUGCCCGAUGCGCCUCCACUCACAAAGGUUGCACUCGAAUCUACUACCAACCCAACUGGAGCUUCGUCUAGCAUUAUUUUCGGCGAGACGAACGAUCAGGAAAUGCCUGACGUGCUUCCAACAGCGCGCCCCAUGCUCAGUAUUGCUAUCGGACCCAAUUUAGCUCCGCCUAUUACUACUACCGUGGUCACUAAGGAUGAGGAUAUGACCGAUACGCCUCUCCCAGAGCAUUCUACAGUCAGGUCCGGCUGCCAUAUCUCUGAAGCCCCGACUAUCACGACCAUAUCGUCUGUCAAUCGAAUCGGGCGUUCUACAUCCACGCUUCCUGUGGCUCCUCUAAUAUUUCCAUCGUCGACUGGGCAGCCUUCGGCGACUUCAUCGUUCUCCAGCCCGACUGGCGCUGAAAGCACCAUCCAGUCACGGGCGAAGUUGAGGGCGCAGGCAAACUCACAUAACCAUUGGGCUGAUGGAAAGGCUCAAGCUCUAUUUCAACAGGUCGCUGAACUUCACCUCGCUCUUCAACAGGCUCUCUCAAAGACGGACGGUUCGGGACCCAGGGAUAACUUUCGAAACGAGGUUCUUGGCUUUAUUGACAAUGCGGAGUCCGCAGCUGAGCUGGCCCAGAAGAUCGACUACGCAAUGAGGCAUCAACUGUUGACCAAUGCGGACUUCAACAAGCUUGCGAGACAUGCACAUAAUGGGCAACAUGCUAGAAGGCGAGAGGCGCAAGGGAACAUUGCUACACAGAGCACAGGCAAUGCUCUGCAGACAAGCAAGCAGGUUGUUCUAUCUCAAGCCGCUGAUAAUGAUAAUGCGCAGUCAGCUGCUCCCGUCACGCCACUUGCUCCAUCUCAAGCCGCGUCCAAUGUUAUUGCGCAGCCAAUCAAUCUCGCUGCCUCUUCUCAUACGGCCAAUGCCGGCGCUACAGUACUAGCCGGCCCCCUCAAGAGGAGAGAAUCGGCAACAUCAGGACCACAAUCGGGCAAAGAGGAGUUGACUAGAUUGCUGAUUGAGGCGCAAAGGAAGAUGAUGAACAAGACAGACAAGGCCUGGUCUUUGUUUGCCGGCAUGUUCGACUAUUCAUGGCGGAACCCAUCAGACAAUGAGAUUGUGAUAGAUUAUGUUAUCAAGCAUCCUAGGUAUCAGGGUUCUGACAGCGGCAACCGCAAGAGGGCUAAUAUCGAAUGGACUAUCGAGGUGAUCAGAGGAUUGGUCGCCGAUCCGGCACCUUCCAGCUGCGAAAUCCUGGUCUGGACGUGCAACGAAGCAAUAAAUGCUCAAGACGUCAAAGCCGAUGAAGAUAUACCCGGAUCGUACGCAACCUGCGCCGACCGCCAGAAAGAGCUUGGGCCGCUCUUCAGACGUAUCUCCGCCACGAACUUUGGCCUCAUGAAACAAGUCUUCCCGAGUGGUUGCCUGACGUGGGACGAAAUGAAGAAUCUUGCGAAGACAGAAGAGCUUAGUUUCUUCAAGGACAAGAAGUCUGGGCGCUAUGUCCCAUACAUGCGAAACCUGAAGGAGUACUGGCGCGUCGAGGACAACAUGAAAAAGUUCGUUGUUGACCGAAAUGAGGCUCGGAGUAUGGCUACCGGUCAAGAAACUACAUCCGGACUCACAGGUUCACCAAAGGCCAAGCGCAACAUCGCAGAGAUCUCUUCCGAUCACGACCAGGUUUCGAAGGAGAAAGAUGCUGAUGCGAUGGAUGACGAUGAUGGAACGAAUGUACCAGAAGCGAACGACCAAGCUUCGAAGCGCUUUUGCAUCGCACUCACUGAGAAGGAAGAACGUGCUGCGAUGAAGGAGAAGAUGGGGCGUAGAGCUGAUGACUCCGGUGGAAGCGAUCGGAUGAAGCGGAGUCGUGAGUGA